ACCUACCAAUCCCUCUUAUUUUCUGUCUUCGUGAUAAGAAAAGCCUGGCUGCUUGCAAUUCGGACCGUGAAGGAGCUCAGUCACCAAAAUGGCAACCACUACGGCCACAGCGAUGCAAAGCUCUCGCCCACCAACCCUCCCCAAAGACUUCUCCGCUCAGCAACCGCAGACCAUCCGCCUCUACCCCCUUUCGAACUACACAUUCGGCACCAAGGAAACGCAACCAGAAGAAGACCCGUCGGUACUGGCCCGUCUAAAGCGUCUCGAGGAACACUACGACCAGUAUGGUAUGAGACGAACAUGCGAGGGUGUUCUUGUGUGUCAUGAGCAUAACCAUCCGCAUGUGUUGAUGUUGCAGAUUGCGAAUGCGUUUUUUAAGCUACCAGGAGACUACCUGCACUACGAAGACGACGAAGUCGACGGCUUCAAGAAACGGCUAAACGAGCGUCUUGCACCGGUCGGAUCGCAGUUUUCUGGCGAGGGCGUGAACGAAGAUUGGGAGAUUGGUGAUACGCUUGCACAGUGGUGGAGGCCGAACUUUGAGACUUUUAUGUAUCCGUUCUUGCCGGGACAUGUGACGAGGCCUAAGGAGUGCAAGAAGUUGUAUUUCAUUCAGUUGCCGAAGAAGAAGGUCCUCUCCGUCCCCAAGAACAUGAAACUCCUCGCCGUGCCCCUGUUCGAACUGUACGACAACACAGGACGAUACGGUCCCCAACUUUCCGCCAUCCCGCACUUACUCUCGCGGUACAACUUCGAGUUUGUUGAUGAGAAUGACAACGUCGUCGCGGCUACCCCGGGGACACCGUUGCCUGAGGGUCAAAUCCCGAAGGCCAAGGUGGUCGCGGGGGAGGGUCAGGAUGAGGGGAUGGCCGAUUAUACCGAGGAGAAUGGUGGGGCAGACAUUCAGAGUUGAGAUAGCACAUGAAGAGUCGGCUUAUUCGGAUAAUGCAUCGCUUGAUCGUGGCCGGUUGGCGUUCUAGGAGCGCUUCUUUCUCUUUUAUUUCGUUUUAUGACCAGGCUUUUAAUUCAUGAUUUUGACAUGUACUCUGUAUAUCAGCUGUCUAUAAAGACCACCCGAUGUAAAUGCUUUCUAUCUAGCUAUACUAUAACGAAGACGAAAACAAAUGCCGAGGCA